UGGCUCUUUCUCACUUCACCACCAAAAAUUAAUCUCCAGUUUUGCUAACAUGUCAGAUGUUUGGUAUCUAACAGCCAGCUAAUCUAAUUAAUAAUAUAGUCUAAUAGAAAGAAAUAAGCCCCAUUGAGUCCAAUGGAAAUUACUCAGUGCAGCUUACUUCCAAGUUACAAACCACACACUUUGGCACUUUUCAUGAUACUGUUCAGCAUCUUUCCCCCACCCCGAAUUUUUUUGGAUGGGAUAUUUAUCACAUUUUGUAAACUACCCCGGUCUGGAAACAUUGCAGAAAGAUAGCAUCUGAGUCUUUCAUAUAUUCAUUCAUGUGUGUGCGUGUGUUGUGCUUGCCUUACUUACUCACAGAGUAUCUAGCCUGAAAAAUAGCUUUGGAGAACUUGAAUACCCAUAUUUUUUACCACUCUUUUAACAACACCUCAAUAAGAUCUAAUUCCGUAUAAUGUGAUCCCGAACAGAGACUCUUAAGCACGCCUUAGUAGGGUUUGGAAGGGUGGUUCAUAACCCACUUUUAAAACACUUCAUUUUAUCCACCCCGAUUAGCAACUACCACAGGGAAGCGAAAGCGCACGCGGGGCGAAUCCCUUCGCGUUCAGUAACUUUAGGGAAACCACAGACCGUGCGUUUCAUUCACGGAGAAACGCCUUCUUCCCAGCUGCGCCUGACUGGCCUUCAGCCUCCCUGCACAACUAAUAAUAAUAUAUACAAAGAAAUGAAAAAGUCGAAAAAGCCCGGGGCGGGAGAGGAGGUGGGUGGCGACGUUCCCGGUUUUCUAAUCCCACCCCGCCAAGCCUGCUAGGGCGGGCCUGUUGUGGCUACCCCGGGGCAGCGGCGGGGCUGGCAGAGGGCGGGCCAUGCCCUGACUGAGGACGGCAAAGUUAGCCAAGUCGCGGGGCGCCUCCGUCUGAGACACAACACGCACAUACACCAGGCGCAACUCAGCAUGGCCCGGCUCGGCGGCGGCGGCGCCUCUUUCCCGCCCCCUUCCCCCUCCUCCUCCUCCAGCCGGUGGUGGUCCUGCUCUUGGGGGCUUUUCCUUCUCUGGGCCGUGGCAGAAACUCGAGCAGAUACUCACUAUGCCACCGUAUAUUGGCAGAAAACUGAGAAGACCUUCCAGGUUAAGGAUGUAUUGGAUAAGAAUGGUGAUGCUUAUGGCUAUUAUAAUGACACUGUACAGUCUACAGGAUGGGGGGUUCUUGAGAUCAAAGCAGGCUAUGGUAACCAGCCCAUAAGCAAUGAAGACCUCAUGUACGCUGCAGGUUACUUGGAGGGCUAUCUCACUGCUUCACACAUGUGUGACCAUCUUGCAAACCUGUAUACACAGCUGAUUAAGAAUGUCCUCAUUGAGAGAAAAGUUAAAGAUUUUAUGCGGAAACAAGAUAAGUGGACCAGACAACAAAUUAAAAAAAACAAGAAUGACCCCUUCUGGAGGCAUGCCGGGUACAUCAUUGCCCAGUUGGAUGGGCUGUACAUGGGAACAAUGGAGUGGGCUAAGCGACAGCAAAAAACACCUCUCACUCCCUUCCAAGUCUAUUUCCUGAAUGCAGUUGGAGAUCUGCUUGACCUCAUUCCUGCCUUAUUCUCAGGUUCAGCAAUGACUAAUUUAAUGACAGGAGACUCUACACAGUACCUAUGGGAUAUGGGCCAUUGCUCUGCUCUGAUUAAGGUCCUCCCUGGAUAUGAAAAUAUAUUAUUUGCUCAUUCUAGCUGGUUCACAUAUGCGGCUACUUUGAGAAUCUAUAAGCAUUGGGACUUUAAAGUUGAUGAUCCACAAACGAGCUCAGGCCGUGCUUCAUUCAGCAGUUACCCAGGUUUUUUGGUAUCCCUAGAUGACUUUUACAUACUUGGCAAUGGCUUGAUCAUGUUGCAGACCACAAACAGCGUAUACAACCAUUCUCUUCUCAAGCAAGUGGUACCUGAGAGUCUCUUUGCAUGGCAGAGAGUCCGCAUUGCUAACAUGAUGGCCCACUGCGGAAAGUCCUGGGCACAAGCCUUCGAAAGGGAAAAUUCUGGUACUUAUAACAACCAGUACAUGAUACUGAAUACAAACAGGGUCAAACUGCAAGAGAGUCUUGGUGAAGGAACCCUCUAUGUCGUUGAACAGAUCCCAAAACUUGUGGAAUAUUCUGAUCAGACAAGUGUUCUCCGUAAAGGAUACUGGCCUUCUUACAACGUCCCUUUUCAUGAAAAUAUCUACAAUCUGAGCGGAUAUACAGAGUAUGUUAAAAAAUACGGCCUAGACUUCUCUUAUGAGAUGGCUCCCAGAGCAAAAAUCUUCCGACGGGACCAAGGAAAAGUGACCGACAUGGAGACCAUGAAGCACAUAAUGAGAUACAACAACUACACAAAAGAUCCCUAUACAAGGCACAAUCCCUGUAAUACCAUUUGCUGCAGAGGAGACCUGAACCCUGAGUCUCCAAUGCCAGCUGGCUGCUAUGACUCCAAGGUAUCAGACCUCUCUAUGGCUACGAACUUUGCAGCCUAUGCCAUUAAUGGACCAACUGUGGAAGAGGACCUGCCUGUGUUCAGCUGGACGCGUUUCAACAAAACAAAGCACCAGGGCUUGCCAGAUUCAUAUAACUUUGAUUUUGUCAUUAUGAAGCCAGUGCUGUGAAAUAAGCAUCAGAAGCUUUAACAUCUAGGGAGGGGGGAAAUAAGUUUAAAAAAAAAUUAAUUUGCGCUUUUACUGCCAUACCAAAUAAACCGGCCUGUGCCCACCUGGGA